AUGUCAGACAUGAGGACCACAAUGUCAGACAUGAGGACCACAAUGUCAGACAGAGGCACCCACAAUGUCAGAGAUGAGGACCACAAGGUCAGACAUGAGGACCACAAUGUCAGACAUGAAGACCACAAGGUUAGAUAUGAGGACCAGAUGUCAGACGUAAACACCACAAUGUCAGAGAUGAGGACCACAAGCUACGUCAUCAUCCAGUUAUCCAACUCAAUGUCUUGUUACACAGAGAGUCUAGUGAACUGGUACACUGGGUCUCACCAGCAGCACACCACUAAGUACCCUUCUGGGCAGCACACAACCAAGUACCCUUCUGGGCAGGACACCACCAAGUGCCCUACUGGGCAGCACACAACCAAGUACCCUUCUGGGCAGCACACAAUCAAGUACCCUUCUGGGCAGCACACAACCAAGUACCUUUCUGGGCAGCACACAACCAAGUACCCUUCUGGGCAGGACACAACCAAGUACCCUUCUGGGCAGGACACCACCAAGUGCCCUACUGGGCAGCACACAACCAAGUACCCUACUGGGCAGCACACAACCAAGUACCCUUCCCUUCUGGGCCCUUCUGGGCAGGACACACACAACAACCAAGUACCCUACCCCUUCUGGGCAGCACACAACCAAGUACCCUUCUGGGCAGCACACCACCAAGUACCCUUCUGGGCAGGACACCACCAAGUACCCUUCUGGGCAGCACACAACCAAGUACCCUUCUGGGCAGCACACAACCAAGUACCCUUCUGGGCAGCACACCACCAAGUACCCUACUGGGCAGCACACAACCAAGUACACUGGGCAGGAUACACAACCAAGUACCCUUCUGGGCAGGACACAACCAAGUACCCUUCUGGGCAGCACACAACCAAGUACCCUUCUGGGCAGGACACAACCAAGUACCCUUCUGGGCAGCACACAACCAAGUACCCUUCUGGGCAGGACACCACCAAGUACCCUUCAAGGCAGGGGCAGCACAACACACCAAGUACCCUUCUGGGCAAGUACAGCACACCAACCAAGUACCCUUCUGGGCUGGACACCACCAAGCAGGGACACCACCAAGUACCCUUCUGGGCAGCACACCACCAAGUGCCCUACUGGGCAGCACACCACCCCUUCUGGGCAGCAAGUACCCUUCUGGGCAGCACACCACCACCAAGUACCCUUCUGGGCAGCACACACACCAAGUACCCUUCUGGGCAGGACACACCACCAAGUACCCUCACUGGGCAACACAACCCUUCUGGGCAGGACACCACCAAGUACCCUUCUGGGCAGGACACCACCAAGUACCCUUCUGGGCAGGACACCACCAAGUACCCUUCUGGGCAGGACACCACCAAGUACCCUUCUGGGCAGCACACCACCAAGUACCCUUCUGGGCAGGACACCACCAAGUACCCUACCAAAGUGGGGCAGGACACCUGCCAAGUACCCUUCUGGGCAGGACACCACCUGGCAGCCUGCCCUUCUGGGCAGCUGGGCAUACAGGAAGUUUCUGGGCAGGGACACCACACAAGUUCACAGAAGCAGAACACACAACCAAGUACACCACCAAGCUCCACAAAGAACCAUGUGGGCAAUAACCAACACAGGCUCCACAAAGUACCCUGUGGGGGAUACACAACACAGGCUCCACAAAGUAUCCUGUGGGGGAUACCCAACACAGGCUCCACAAAGAACCCUGUGGGGGAUACCCAACACAGGCUCCACAAAGAACCCUGUGGGGGAUACCCAACACAGGCUUCACAAAGUACCCUGUGGGAGAUACCCAACACAGGAUCUACAAAGUACCCUGUGGGGGAUACCCAACACAGGCUUCACAAAGAACCCUGUGGGGGAUACACAACACAGGCUCCACAAAGUACCCUGUGGGGGAUACCCAACACAGGAUCUACAAAGUACCCUGUGGGGGAUACCCAACACAGGAUCCACAAAGAACCCUGUGGGGAUACCCAACACAGGAUCUACAAAGUACCCUGUGGGAGAUACCCAACACAGGCUCCAAAAGUACCCUGUGGGAGAUACCCAACACAGGCUCCACAAGGCUCCACAAAAGUACCCUGUGGGGAUACCCAACACAGGCUCCACAAAGAACCCUGUGGGGAUACCCACAGCACAGGCUCCACAAAGAACCCUGUGGGGAUACCCAACACAGGCUCUACAAAGUACCCUGUGGGGAUACCCAACACAGGCUCCACAAAGCACCCUGUGGGGAUACCCAACACAGGCUCCACAAAGUACCCUGUGGGGAUACCCAACACAGGAUCUACAAAGUACCCUGUGGGGAUACCCAACACAGGCUCUACAAAGAACCCUGUGGGGAUACACAACACAGGCUCCACAAAGUACCCUGUGGGGGAUACCCAACACAGGAUCUACAAAGUACCCUGUGGGGGAUACCCAACACAGGCUCCACAAAGAACCCUGUGGGGGAUACCCAACACAGGAUCCACAAAGUACCCUGUGGGAGAUACCCAACACAGGCUCCACAAAGUACCCUGUGGGAGAUACCCAACACAGGCUCCACAAAGUACCCUGUGGGGGAUACCCAACACAGGCUCCACAAAGAACCCUGUGGGGGAUACCCAGCAUAGACCCCACAGUAAGAAGUACCCUGUGGGGAUACCCAACACAGGAUCUACAAAGUACCCUGUGGGGAUACCCAACACAGGCUCCACAAAGAACCCUGUGGGGGAUACCCAACACAGGAUCUACAAAGUACCCUGUGGGAGAUACCCAACACAGGCUCCACAAAGUACCCUGUGGGAGAUACCCAACACAGGCUCCACAAAGUACCCUGUGGGGGAUACCCAACACAGGCUCCACAAAGUACCCUGUGGGGGAUACCCAACACAGGCUCCACAAAGAACCCUGUGGGGGAUACCCAACACAGGCUCCACAAAGUACCCUGUGGGGAUGAACCCUGUGGGGAUACCCAGCAUAGACUCCACAAAGUACCCUGUGGGGGAUACCCAACACAGGAUCUACAAAGUACCCUGUGGGGGAUACCCAACACAGGCUUCACAAAGAACCCUGUGGGGGAUACACAACACAGGCUCCACAAAGUACCCUGUGGGGGAUACCCAACACAGGAUCUACAAAGAACCCUGUGGGGGAUACCCAACACAGGCUCCACAAAGAACCCUGUGGGGGAUACCCAACACAGGCUCCACAAAGUACCCUGUGGGGGAUACCCAACACAGGAUCUACAAAGUACCCUGUGGGGGAUACCCAACACAGGCUCCACAAAGAACCCUGUGGGGGAUACCCAACACAGGCUCCACAAAGUACCCUGUGGGGGAUACCCAACACAGGCUUCACAAAGAACCCUGUGGGGGAUACCCAACACAGGCUCCACAAAGAACCCUGUGGGGGAUACCCAACACAGGCUUCACAAACAACACUGUGGGGGAUACCCAACACAGGCUUCACAAAGAACCCUGUGGGGGAUACCCAACACAGGAUCUACAAAGUACCCUGUGGGGAAUACCCAGCAUAGACUCCACAAAGAACCCUGUGGGGGAUACCCAACACAGGCUUCACAAACAACACUGUGGGGGAUACCCAACACAGGCUCCACAAAGUACCCUGUGGGGGAUACCCAACACAGGCUUCACAAAGUACCCUGUGGGGGAUACCCAACACAGGCUCCACAAAGUACCCUGUGGGGGAUACCCAACACAGGAUCUACAAAGACCUCUAGGACACCUGCCCCACCCAAAGGACUUCCUUCACACCUCCCCUACCCCAGGAACUAUAGGACACCUGCCCCACCCAAAGGACUUCCUUGACACCUCCCAGGACCUAAAGGACACCUGCCCCACCCAAAGGACUUCCUUGACACCUCCCAUACCCCCAGGACCUCUAGAACACCUGCCCCACCCAAAGAACUUCCUUGACACCUCCCCUACCCCCAGGACCUUAGGACACCUGUCCCACCCAAAGGACUUACUUGACACCUCCCCUACCCCCAGGACCUCUAGGACACCUGUCCCACCCAAAGGACUUCCUUGA